CUCCCUCCCCCACACCCCCACUUGUCUAAAGUCGCGCCUCUAGCCCGCGGGGACUGUGGGCAUGCUCAGUGAACUGGCUGGGGCAAGUUGGACUUGCAUGGGGAGGACGCCUUUGCCCUAACCCGGACUCGGGGCUGGAUUGACAGCUUGGGGAAGGAGGAGGAGGAGGAAGAGAGAGGCCGGAGAGGAGGGAGCCCCAGCCGGAGACACAUGCGCGCUACUGCCGCCGCCGCCGCCGUCCUUCGCUUCCCAGGGAAAGGAAACCCCUAGGAAUCGGGCAGCCCCGACCAGCCAUCUCCGCGCUCUUGCCCCAUCCCCGCGCCGCUGCCUGCCCGCUUGAUCCCGUAGGGAAGGGCGCAGCCCAAAGCAGAGUCUUCUCCUUCCCCGGGGGGCGCAGAGACCCCCCCCGCCAGUGCGGAGGGGCGGGGUGGGGGGGCCAGGGGAAGAAGAUGGCGACGGUGGGCAGCGAGCCCCAACCUUUUGCCCCUUCGCUCCCGGCUGCAGCCUUGCACCAGCAUCAUCACCAUCAUCAUCACCAUCACCACCAUCUUCAGCACCACGGCGGGGCCGGGGCAGUAGCUGGCGGCGGGGCCGGAGCCGGGGCGGGGGGCGGGGGGGGAGGCUACAACCUGCCUCUGAACCGAGGUCUGGAGCGGGCGCUCGAGGAGGCAGCCAACUCCGGGGGGCUUAACCUCAGCGCUCGAAAACUGAAGGAGUUUCCCAGGACCGUGGCCCUCGGACAUGACCUUUCAGACACUGUGCAGGCAGAUCUCUCCAAGAACAGAUUGGUUGAAGUUCCCAUGGAAUUGUGCCAUUUUGUAUCUCUAGAGAUACUAAAUCUGUAUCACAAUUGUAUCAAAGUUAUUCCAGAGGCCAUUGUCAACUUGCAGAUGCUAACCUACUUAAAUCUGAGUCGCAAUCAGCUGUCAUCAUUGCCGGCCUGCCUGUGUGGUCUCCCUCUCAAAGUCUUAAUUGCAAGUAACAACAAGCUUGGAUCUCUUCCAGAAGAGAUAGGUCAGCUCAAACAGUUAAUGGAAUUGGAUGUCAGCUGCAAUGAGAUCACAGCUCUGCCACAGCAGAUAGGACAACUGAAAUCACUAAGAGAACUGAACAUCAGAAGAAAUUACCUUAAAGUUUUACCACCAGAACUUGUAGAUCUUCCCUUGGUAAAAUUUGAUUUUUCCUGCAAUAAAGUGCUCGUGAUUCCAAUUUGUUUUAGAGAGAUGAAGCAGCUGCAAGUGUUACUGCUUGAGAAUAAUCCCCUCCAGUCUCCUCCAGCACAGAUUUGUACAAAGGGCAAAGUGCACAUAUUCAAGUAUCUGAGCAUACAGGCCUGUCAGAUUAAAACAACAGACUCACUUUAUCUUCAUACUAUGGAGAGGCCAAAUCUGCAGCCUAAUGUGGAAGAGAGCAAGAAAGAUUCUGAUUCAGGAGUUGGAAGUGAUAAUGGAGAUAAGCGUUUAUCUGCCACUGAGCCUUCUGAUGAAGAUACUGUCAGCCUUAAUGUACCGAUGUCAAAUAUCAUGGAAGAAGAACAGAUUGUCAAGGAAGAUCCUUAUCGCCUUAGUCCAGUGAAAGGGGAAUUUCAUCAGGAGUUUCAUCAGGAGCCUUCCCUUUUGAAUAACAAUGAUAACUCAGGAGAAGAAAGAGAACAGUUCACUGAUGAAACUGAUGCCCUCUCUACCAAAUUUAUUAGCUAUAUCAAGGGCAGAGCAGAUGACUGUGAUGAAUUGUUGCGGAUAGAAGAGGACACACACUGGCAAACAGAAGGAAUGACAAAUUUAUCAGAUAACCAAGAUGUGGAUAUAGCAAUGAUAGAUCAACUCAGACAAGCAGUAGAUUUGUUACAGGAUCCCAACAGAUUAAGCACAGAUAUUACUGACAGAAGUGUCAUGAACCUCUAUCCCAUGGACUCAGCAACAGCCUUAGAAUUACAAGAUUCCACAUUAAAUGGUCAAAUACAGCCAGAAUCAUCUCCUGAUUGUCAGGUGCAAAAUGAUCAGGCUUUAGGAAGUAUGGGGAUCCGGUGUUCUCAAAAUGAGAUUAAAGAGGAUUCCCCUGCCAUCUCACCUACUGCAAAUAGCCCAGCUCCAUUUGGCCUGAAACCUCGAUCAGUGUUCUUGAGACCACAGAGGAAUUUGGAAUCCAUAGAUCCUCAGUUUACGAUUAGGAGGAAGAUGGAACAAAUGAGAGAAGAGAAAGAACUUGUGGAGCAACUUCGAGAGAGCAUUGAGAUGAGACUAAAGGUCAGUUUACAUGAAGACCUAGGAGCAGCUCUGAUGGAUGGUGUGGUUCUCUGUCACCUAGUUAAUCAUAUCCGCCCUCGAUCUGUAGCAAGCAUUCAUGUCCCCUCACCAGCAGUGCCCAAACUUAGCAUGGCCAAAUGCAGAAGAAAUGUGGAAAACUUUCUGGAAGCAUGCCGAAAAUUAGGAGUUCCAGAGGAAAAACUUUGUCUACCACAUCACAUCCUUGAGGAAAAAGGCCUGGUCAAAGUGAGCAUUACAGUUCAAGCAUUAUUAGAUGUCACUGUAACAAAGGCUUUGUUCACAUGAAACCACCUUCUCUUCUUUAAAUCAACCCAACUUCACCAGAGGGCAAGAACUCUGCUCCUGAAUUCAGUUACUCCCUUCCCACAGCACUACUCCAAAUUCCCAAUCCAGAAGCGCAUUGAAAGUACUUCCACUGGGAGAGAGAAAUUCUUUUCACAUCUGAAAUCCAGCCUAGAGACUUGAAGUGAUGCGGCCAAGAACUAGCAACCAUUAAGAAAUGAGCACUUCCAAUCAAUGGAGCUUUCUUCUGCCUUCCAUAUUCGCCUGCUGCCUUUACCAAAGCACCGAGGACAGCUGUUUUUGCAGCCAAAUGCAUUCAUUUUAUUCGUACCAAACUCAUACGUUUUGGGGGAGGGAGUUAGGGUUUUCACCAUCAGAUUUUUUCAGGAUGUUGCUUCAGACCCAUUGCCUUUUAAAAACUAUUUAGAACAUACAAAAUAUUUAUAUAAAUAUUAUUUAUUAGUAAGUUGUUAUUCAUCCUUUGGAUGCAAAAUGUAAAUUAGGAAACUGUAUUUUAUUACUGCUUUUUUGUGGUUAAACACUUUAUUUUAAUAUUAUAAAUAUUUAGUUAUUUUCUAUCCUAUUUGGUGUGCAGUAGCUGUAGACUUUAGUAAUCAUGUUUUCUAGUGUAUAUGAUUUAUUAAGAAUUCCACAAAAAUAGGUGCUUCAAUGACAGCUGUUUUCUUGGGGAGGCAUUGUUCAUAUUUUGGUUUCUGGAACAUCAGCCUAAUUUCUAUCUCUGCAUUCCAUUCAAUUUCUUACAUUCCAGCAAUCCUGUUGUCCCCCACGCUAAUGAAUUGACUUAAAUCAGGAGAGCACCCACAAUUUAUUUGUAAAUAGCUGUGAUGAUAAAAAGGAAAGAUUAAACUUGAAGACAAAAUGUGAACAACUAUUUUUUUUGGAUUGAUACUUAUUUUUACUAUGCACAAGACAUUAAACUUUUAACACAA